CAGGAAAGCACCUCCUCCACCCUUUCCAAAAAUGCCCCGGAAGUGCCUCCGCCCUCAGUAAAGAUGGCUGUAGUACUUUGCAUGAGGGAGGCGGGGCCGCGCCUGCGCAACAAGUUCGGCGGGGAAGAUGGCGGAUGACAAGGAUUCUCUGCCUAAGCUUAAGGACCUGGCAUUUCUCAAGAACCAGUUGGAACGCCUGCAGCAGCGUGUGGAAGACGAAGUCAACAGUGGUGUGGGUCAGGAUGGCUCGCUCUUGUCCUCCCCAUUCCUCAAGGGCUUCUUAGCCGGCUAUGUGGUGGCCAAACUGAGGGCAUCAGCAGUAUUGGGCUUUGCUGUGGGUACCUGCACUGGCAUCUACGCAGCUCAGGCAUAUGCUGUGCCCAAUGUGGAGAAGACGUUGAGAGACUAUCUUCGGUCAUUGCGCAAGGGGCCCGACUAGCUCUGGAUCCCAUGGGGAAGGAAGGAUGAGCAUCUUGGGCCUGCAGGUAGAGGCCUUUCAACCACAGACACCAUAUCUGGCUUCCCCAGCUAUCACCCUUUUGCUAUCUUCAACUUUUCCACAGUCUUCAUCCUUGCUCUCCUUCUUGCAAAAGGUGAACAGUGGCUUAUCAGCCAAUAAUCUGGACGCCCCUCCUUAACCCCAUGGGACUGGCCCCAAGACUGUGGCUUUUAGGGCCACCGGCCCCUUCCUAUUCCAGCCCUGACUGUGGAGUUUGCAGCUGACUCUGAUUUUCAGUAUUCUCUCUAGCAAUGUACCACGGCUCUUCCCUCCUGCGAGCCGGCUCCAUACUGAUUUUUCCCAAACUUGUUAUAAUUCCCGCUGUCCCCUGGCUAGCUACACAGGCCACCCAGGGUCUGGUUUGGGCAUGAGUGUAGAGGACGGGGGUAUGCCAGGCCUGGGCCGUCCCAGGCAGGCCCGCUGGACCCUGAUGCUACUCCUGUCCACUGCCAUGUAUGGUGCCCAUGCCCCAUUACUGGCACUGUGCCAUGUGAACGGCAGAGUGCCCUUCCGGCCCUCCUCAGCUGUGCUGCUGACUGAGCUGACCAAGCUACUGUUGUGCGCCUUCUCCCUCUUGGUGGGCUGGCAAGCAUGGCCCCAAGGGGCUCCUCCAUGGCGCCAGGCUGCCCCCUUUGCGCUAUCAGCCCUUCUCUAUGGCGCUAACAACAACCUGGUGAUCUAUCUUCAACGUUACAUGGACCCCAGCACCUAUCAGGUGCUGAGCAAUCUCAAGAUUGGAAGCACGGCCCUGUUCUACUGCCUCUGUCUCCGGCACCGCCUCUCUGCACGCCAGGGCUUGGCACUGCUGCUGCUGAUGGCAGCAGGGGCCUGCUAUGCAGCUGGUGGCCUCCAAGACCCUGGAAGCACCCUUCCUGGGCCCCCUCUAGCAGCUGCUGCUGGCCGCAUGUCCCUGCAUAUCACUCCACUGGGACUGCUGCUUCUCAUCUUGUACUGCCUCAUCUCGGGCCUGUCAUCCGUGUACACAGAGCUGCUCAUGAAGCGACAGCGGCUGCCCCUAGCACUUCAGAACCUCUUCCUCUACACUUUUGGUGUGCUCCUGAACCUAGGUCUGCACGCAGGUGGUGGCCCUGGCCCAGGCCUCCUGGAGGGUUUCUCUGGUUGGGCAGCGCUUGUGGUACUGAGCCAGGCACUAAAUGGACUGCUCAUGUCAGCUGUCAUGAAGCAUGGCAGCAGCAUCACACGGCUCUUUGUUGUGUCCUGCUCCCUGGUGGUCAAUGCCGUGCUCUCAGCAGCCUUGCUGCGGCUGCAGCUCACAGCUGCCUUCUUCCUGGCCACGCUGCUCAUUGGCCUGGCUGUGCGCCUGUACUAUGGCAGCCGCUAGUCACUGACCAUCUCCACCCGGACUCCUGACUCUAUAGAUUGGGCGCCACCAUCAGAGCCACCUCCGAGGCCUCCCUACCCUUCUUCAGCAGCCAGCCCUGUAACAAGUGCCUUGUGACAAAAGCUGGGGAAGUGGGAGUAGCCAGGUUAGUCUCUGGAGGUGGGUGGAUGAAGGGUUACCCCAGGAAACUUGAAGACUGGGUUUGCCCUGAAGUUUUUCCAGAAUAAGGAAAUGGGAGAGCAUCAAUACCUAGGCCUUAGAAGUGACCCCAUCCCCAGUGGAGGAGGCUCUCCACCUCAUCCUGCAUGAAUACAGUUGCUUUGAGUGGGUUUGGGCAACAGUUGGCUUUCCUAGCCUCCUGUGGUCACCCCAGCAGACCCAUUGCCCCCAGGCCUGGUACUGGCUACUCCGGCCCAGCUGUGGUACAUGACUCCCCCAUAAGAGAUAUCCCCCCCCCCCCCGCCCCCACCCACUGUAAUGCAGGAAAGCCUAAUUGCCACAGAUUAUACACCCGUCAUCCAGGCUACUCUUUCAAACUGCCCUAGCUCCAGCGGUACCUGGGGACAUUGCCCCCUGCUCCCUCCACAGUGCUGCUCUCCACACCCACCCAGCCUUUUUCUGGAGACCCCAGAGAGGGCUGGAGCUUGACUCAUCUCAGGGAAUGUUGCCCCUGGGCCCUGGCUUAAGGCUACACUCCUGACCUCUCUGCUCACCCCAAGGGCCCUCUCAAAGCCCACUGUCCCCUCUACAACUCCUAGGAGGUACCAUUUUUCUCACUCUGGGUCCUGCCCCUGCCUAGCACUGUCCCAGCUCUACACAAGAGUGUAGUAAUCCACACAGAUUAGGGAAGCUCUACACAGAGUGACCUGGAACCAGGCACAGGGAAAUUUGGUGUAGUUCAAUCAGUGUUUCUAACUGUAAGCAAUAAGGUCUUAAUAAAGUAUUCUGGGGUGCAGGUGGUUCCUGCAAUUGGC